UUAGGCAAAGGAGUGCAAAAAAGAAUAGCCAGGAAAAAAGGAGAGAAAUUACAUGUGUAUGUCAAUCGGAUGUUGAACGCAAUCACAGGAGGGAAUGCAACCCCAGCGACGAAUGAGUUGGGAUUGCAAAUUAGACGGUUGUGCCCUCUUCAGAGCGUGAAGUCAUGGAGGAAAAUCAAUGAAAGUACCAAAGAUGCGGUCAUCCAAGCGGUGCUAGACAAGUUUGUUAUCGGGGAUGAUUUUGAUAAUGAUGAACAAGCUCAACAAAUUCUUGAUAGAAAGGCAUAUUUGCUAUACAAGGAUUGGAGGUACAAUCUAAAGCAAGAGUUCCUCGAACUUGAGGAAAAGGGUAUUGAUGACCCAUAUAGUCAUCCGCCUAGUGGAGUGAGCUUGGAUGACUGGAGAUAUCUUAUUGAUGUUGCUUGGAAAGACGAAUCUCACUUGGUAACAAAUUAAUUAGAAACCCCAUUCUUGAAAUUCAUUGAUGUGAAUAUCAACAAAAAUUUUGUGUUUAAAUUUUGUGCAUAUAUGUUUGCUUAUGGA